GGGAUUCGGGAGAGAACUUCAAAGUGGAAGUGUCAAAGCUGUCCAGAGUGUGGAGGAGGCGAUCGAGGAGGCUUUGCUGUGAUUUGCAGCUUCUGCUGAGUGUUGUCUGUUGACGUUGUAUGGCGCCCGUUUCAUAGACUGCGUUCGUGACCCGAAUUUUAAAGCGUGAGCUUGCCGUGGACGCUGCGCAAAGCUCGGGCCAUUUCAUUACAGAGCGGCCCCUUGGAACUGGAAGACAGUGCAGCUCAACAUAUCAAACAAAAUUCGCAUUCGUAUUAGUCACUCCUGGGCAAAUUUGAUGCCCGAUCAUUUAAAAACCAGGCCGGGCAAUAAUCUUGCGGAGAUGGCAGCCAUUAAAGAAACAACCAUCUCGCCUGAGGUUUUGAAUGCUGUGGCAACGUUGGCACCCCGUUUUACGCUUGGUGAUGUACUUCUUCAGGGCGGGGCUGUCGUUGAUGCUACGCUAGUGCGGCAGCAGAUCCUUGCGCUGGCCGGACGCACAGGCGCUCAUCUUGAGACUGCUCCAGAAGUCGGAGAGGUUGUCUACAUCUUCCCCAGGAACGUGUGCACCAUCCUGAGGUCCCGCACCGCUGGAGACCGCUUCUCCUCGUUCCUGAAAAAGGCCCGGAAGGUGUUGGGCGUGGCCUUCAGGAUCGCCUUUGGGGUCUUCCUCUUUGCGUCCAUCAUCCUGGCGAUAACCGCGAUACUUGUCAUCGUCAUACUGGCCCUCUCUCAGAGACGCGGUGGAGAAGGCGGCGGGGGCCCCUUGUUGCCCAUUCACACUGGGCCCGGAGGUGGGGGUGGUGGCGGCGGGGGCGGAGGGGGCGGCCGAGGACACUUCCACUACAGCCCAUGGCUGUACGGCGGUUCUUCAUGGCACGACAUCUGGCUGCUUAUGUAUCUGAACGACGAUGCACGGCGGAGACAGCGGAUGGCAGACUGGGAUAACAGAGAUACCGCCGAUGAGAAGCCGAGUCAGCCGUUCCGCCCUCCUGGCGGGGGGCCCGGUCCAGGGGGAAAUGGAGGGGGCGGAAACGGGGGAAACCCGUCCGAUCCGCCUGAACCUUCCGGGCAUCGUGUGGCGGACCCAUCCGGAGAGCCUUCGUCGAGCGGAAGCGAAGAAAGGGAGCUCAACUUCUUGGAGGCCGUCUUCGCUUUCGUCUUUGGGAGGGGCGAUGUGAACGCGGACCUCGAAGCGCGCAGGUGGAGAGCCAUCGGCUUGCUUCUCCGCCAAAACCAGGGCGCUGUCUACGCUGAGCAAGUGGCGCCGUUUCUGGACACGUGGCUGCUCGGGAGUGGCAGCAGGCCACUCGCGUGGUUUGAGAGAGUGUGGAAAUGGGUGCUGCAGAGGAGGCGGCGGGAAGACGGGGCAAGGGAUGCCGCACAGAUGCACGAAGGGUACAUGCUGCCGGUGCUAAGCCGUUUCGGGGGCCACGCAGAGGCGAACGACGAGGGGCGUCUGGUGUACGUCUUCCCGCACCUGCAGGUGUCUGCGAUGGCCGCGCCGGACGAGCCCAGCACCAGCAGCACACCAGUCGCGUCUCCUGCCUUCGUCCCCCCUCCCAUCCCGCCCCCCAUCUACGAAAAGCUGAAGCCGCUGAGCGACGGAGGCAGCAAACAGCCGCAGGUUAUCGCUCUCGGCUUCUUAAACGUCAUUCUGCUCCUCGUCUUCCGGCGCAUUGGGGGCCUGAAAAUCGGCAAAGGCGGCGAUAUCGAGAUUGUCGACGGGCGAACGGACCUCCUCGUAGCGCUCCUUGCGUGGGUGCCCCGUUUGUUGGCGAGGGUUUUCGUGCCCUUGCUUCUGUAUGCGGUGGCGUUCUUUCUGAUACCCGCAUUCAGGUAUGUGAUGCAUCGGUACCAGAAUUCUCAAAUAGAGCUUCGUAAUGGAGAGCGACGAUCACGAGCCCUCGAAGCUGUCCGUUUGGCAUUAGCUGCAGCUGAAGACAAAGCGGCACAGGCCAAGCACCAUCAGGCACUGACGAUCAUCACAAGCUGACAAGAGAAGAAUAACAAGGUAACAAAUGUCCAGCAUUGGGAACUGUUCAGCAUUGCCUCGACAGCAUAUCAAUCUUUCUUAUGAUUGAAGGGGGAUGCAUAUUAGGCUUGACGCCACUUGCAAGUCUGGACAUAGGGGCAAUAUGAAGAUUGCUAUUUACGUGCU